UUGACCCACGCUUACGGAGAGACGUGACACUCCCGAGAAACAAAUACAAAAGAAAUUAUGGCUCGUACCAAGCAGACCGCUCGUAAAUCCACCGGAGGAAAGGCGCCUAGGAAGCAGCUGGCUACCAAGGCCGCCAGGAAAAGUGCGCCCUCUACCGGUGGAGUGAAGAAACCCCACAGAUACAGGCCUGGUACUGUUGCUCUUCGUGAGAUCCGUCGGUACCAGAAGUCUACUGAGCUGCUCAUCAGGAAGCUGCCUUUCCAGCGUCUUGUCAGAGAAAUUGCUCAGGACUUUAAGACUGAUCUGCGUUUCCAGAGUGCAGCUAUUGGCGCCUUGCAGGAAGCCAGUGAAGCUUACUUGGUUGGACUUUUUGAGGACACCAACCUGUGUGCAAUUCACGCAAAGAGGGUUACCAUCAUGCCCAAGGACAUUCAGCUGGCCAGGCGAAUUAGGGGAGAGCGGGCAUAAAUGAUUGGAUUUUAUCUUUUUAGAGGGGGGUGGUGGGGGUGGGACUGACUGGGGUUGUUUUCUACAUCUUGAACUAUACCAGCAUGUGUACCACUUUAUGAUUUGUAGAUUCGGGCAUGUUUUUGUUUUUUAACUUGGUCUCCAGCUCAUUUCACUUUCUCCCUGUCAUUCUCUGUAGAAUAGAGCUUCAUCUGUAAAUUCUGAACAAACUGUUCAACUGCCUCUCAGGUUUGAACUAUCUUAGACUCUGUACCAUAAUCCUGUGUGUGCAUGUCAUAGGACUACUUGUCGUGCUGUAAAUAAACUUUCCGCUACCUCAAA